CUAAUGAAGUUUGGCUGUGAUGCAUUUUUACGCAUGACAAACAAUUUUGUAUUGCAAGAAUGCGCAUGAGUGAUCGUGACGAACUUUUUUUCUUUGAUAAAAAUGAAAUCCCAUCCACUCCUUCAUCUCGACGAAGACAAAAACUAUGGCGUUCUCAAAUGUUACAUUCUCAGCUGUUACAUGGUUUGUCAUGCAGAAUUACCAUCAGAGCCGACACGAUCAAGCUGCUUCGCAUAACAAAUUCGCGAAAUGCCAAACAGGCUGAAAAUGUCGUGCGCCAAAUCUGUCAUGCAAGACGCGGACGGUCACGCCUUUCACUUUUGCCAUUCUUGCAUCACAAAUUCAUGUAACACUUCAGAAUGUAACAGUUGAGAACGCCAUAAAAACCUGCUCCUUCGCCCCAGCCACGGGACAAGUAUGCAUUGCAAAUGUGUCUGGGUUUGGAAGAUUGGAACUUGUAAUGCUGUCUGCGGAUUCGAAAAAAAUCUGUGUUGCAUGAGCAGCAAGAGGCAUCAGUUUUUGGCACGAGGAGAGGGCAUUUCUCAUGCGUAAUAAAUUAGCAUCAAAAAGCUCUCAAAAAAUCUGUGAUGCUAGCACCAGCAUCACAGACCUCACAGGUCAUGCAAAAUGUGCAAGACAAGCUCCGACUCUUCCAGACCCAGACAUAUUUGCAUUUCAUAACAAGCCAGCACAGGCAUUUCUGGACCUGCUCGCGAACAGAAAGAGGAAGAAGAUAGAAGAGACGAACGGAGCUGCCACCACGUAGGCUUCCUUUGCUAGUAUCAAGGAAAAAGAACAGCAAUGACACGUAGCGGCCUAAUUCUGAGGUUUGCGUUUGCUUUUUUUAUCGGAAGAAAUGAUUUUUAAAAUUUCGUUUGCGCCCUAUAUGUAUAUACGGCCUUUUUGCGAUGCCGUAGGUUACGUAAGUACACACACUGGAUCAAAUAUUUUCACUGUAUAAGAAAGUCGCUUCUAGUACAACUGCUAGAAGUAUUUACAGUCGCAAUCAUGCCACCAGAACACUCUAGUCUCUGGUAUUUCUAUUAAUUUCGUUUUUGCGAUAAGACAACGAUCGAAUAAAAAGAUUCAUCAGAACGGAAAAACAUAUGAUUUUCAAAUUAUUUGGAAAAAAGAACAAUAUGCAUGAUCGCAGUUUUCUGUGGUCCUCGACCUCCCUAUUUGCACAACAAAAAAAUGUAGAAACGCUAACGUAGCCUAUUUGUACGACCCUUUUGCUUUUCAUAUUAUCAACCUUCUUCGAAUGUAUUCGUACUGCCUCGUGGUCCACAAGGAACAAUAAAUCCGUCUAGACCACAUGGGUCUCCAAGAAUGGAAUGCAUUUGCAUCGCAUGGAAGUCGACUUCGACGUGAGUGACAAUACAAAGUGAACAUACUGCUGUGCGACUACUAGUAAAAAA